UAGUUAUCGUCACGGUCACGCUGACUCCGCGUGCUUGCUCAAUUAAUAAAAGUUAUUUAGAAAAUAAAAAUAGCCAUGGAUGAUGAGGCUGAAACAUACAAACUGUGGCGCAUUCGCAAGACGAUCAUGCAGCUGAGCCACGAUCGCGGAUAUUUGGUGACGCAGGACGAAUUGGACCAGACGCUGGAGCAGUUCAAAGAUAUGUUUGGUGACAAGCCAAGUGAAAAAAGACCGGCCAGAUCCGAUCUCAUCGUGCUGGUAGCCCACAACGACGACCCCACUGAUCAGAUGUUUGUGUUCUUCCCGGAGGAGCCGAAAAUCGGCAUCAAGACAAUCAAAACCUAUUGCACCCGUAUGCAAGAAGAGAACAUUCAUCGAGCUAUCGUUGUGGUCCAGGGCGGCAUGACACCCUCGGCCAAGCAAUCACUCGUUGACAUGGCCCCCAAGUACAUUCUGGAACAGUUUCUCGAGUCUGAGCUGCUGAUCAACAUCACUGAGCACGAACUGGUGCCGGAGCAUGUGGUGAUGACCGUGGAGGAGAAGCAGGAGCUGCUCAGUCGCUACAAGCUGAAGGAGAACAUGUUAAUGCGAAUCCAGGCCGGCGAUCCAGUGGCUCGUUACUUCGGUCUUAAGCGUGGUCAAGUGGUGAAGAUUAUCCGUUCCUCGGAGACAGCCGGUCGAUAUAUCUCCUAUCGCCUCGUUUGCUGAGAGGUCGCCGAGUGAAGUCAAAUUAUCUUAUAAAUUAGUUUAAUAAAGCACAAACAAAUAAAAUAAAA